UGAGGACCUUGUGGAGUGAACGUUCCUUCAUGUUGGGACCCAGCCUGCGGCCCUGCAGGAGAACAGGAAGUGCUCGUUGAACAAGCUCAGCUAGCCCGUCAAUUGGAGUCAGAUAGUUAGCUUGGCAAUCACCUCGGCAGGUACAAUGGGCCUUUUCGGCAAAACACCCGAUAAACCCCCAAAAGAACUGAUCAGUGAGUGGUCUAGAAAGAUCAAGAAAGAAAUGAGAAUGCUUGACAGACAAAUUCGAGAUAUCCAACGAGAACAAGAGAAAGUGAAAAGAUCCAUUAAAGAUGCCGCCAAAAAGGGACAGAGAGAUGUGUGUGUGGUUCUCGCAAAGGAAAUGGUUCAGUCAAAGCGAGCUAUAACAAAAAUGCACGCUUCCAAAGCCCAAAUGAACUCUGCUGUACUCAGCAUGAACAAUCAGCUAGCUGUCGUGCGUGUAGCUGGUUCCCUGCAGAAGAGUACAGAGGUAAUGAAAGCCAUGCAGAACCUCAUCAAAAUCCCAGAGAUCCAGGCCACCAUGAGAGACCUGUCAAAGGAGAUGAUGAAGGCUGGAAUUAUUGAGGAAAUGCUGGAGGACACAUUUGAGAGCAUGGAAGAUGGAGAGGACAUGGAGGAAGCAGCAGAGGAGGAGGUUGACAAGAUCCUCUUUGAGAUCACAGCAGGUGCCCUUGGCAAAGCGCCCAGCAAAGUUACAGAUGCUCUGCCUGACACAGAGCCGCUUGGAGCCACUGCAGCUUCGGACGAGGAGUCGGAGGAGGACAUUGAAGCGAUGCAGUCAAGAUUGGCAGCUCUCAGGAGCUAAGGUGAACUGGUACUAUUAAAGUCGGUUUGUCACUCCAAGAACAACAGAGACAAUUGUUGCUGCAGGUUUUACAGUGCUGAGCAUCCUGUCUGCUUCAUGUUAUAAAUACUAUUUCAUAAUCAUGUGGGUUAACAUCGUGCAAUGACAGUAAAUAUCUUUAUAACAUUUUUUUUUAAUAUAGAACGUGUGGUUUACGCAGCCUGAAGCAAAGUUGUUUUUGCUUUUGUCUUUUUUUUAUCUGGGGUAACCCUAGGUAAGUCUUUAUUAUCCAAAGUCAAACAGAAAGUUGAAGAAAGUGUACAUAAUGUAAGUAUGAAAAGCCUGCUGUGCCUACAGUGCUUCAUCAUAUUGUGGACUGGUGGUGGAGCUACUUGGGUAUAAAUGAUCCAAAUAAGUGAUUAACUAACUUUUGAAGGACGCCGCCCUUCACUUCAAAUAAAUCUUUCAUCACUGAUUAGCAGUUGUUCUAAAUCUCUUAGGAAACCUUUUUUAAAAAGUAUCUGUUCAGUUCCGUUCACAGGACACCAGCCCACAUUAUCUUUAACACUAGAGCUGAAGGGUGGAUUUAGUUUCAUGUACUGUCAAAAUGUGUGUGUUCUAUAUGUGGUCUGACACUCAUCAGAAAAAUGCACGCAUACUACCCGACUGACUUUAUUUUGCAUUAACAUUUAGCUUGUUAAAUGUUGGACUUUGUGUCACAGUUGAGUUCUUUCUCAGCAGGGGGAUGCGGAGGAAAUAAAAGAGGUUGGAUAGUGCAGGACCUAUGUAUUGUGGAAGCAUUGUGUGUAUAAUUUUUCUAUGUGACUGGGGAUAAAAUAAGAAAAUAAACUUUUAAGAACAAAUAUUGCCAAUAAGAACAAUGUGUUACACUGGUUUUUACUCUAAGUUAUUAAAACAUUCUUUCAAACUAA